AAAACCCAUUAAGCUUAGAAGCUGUUCCUUGAGGCAGAUUUCAGUGGUAUUUCAGAAGAAUUUGAUUACAUCUGGACACAUCAUUCACAUCAAAAAUCAUACGCAGAAGAAAACAAAUGAAAUUACAGAUUGCUUUCAGAAAAUAGAGAUGUUCAAUUUUCUGGAGAAAUGAUUUCGCACAUGGGGGAAAGCAUGCCUUUCUGACUUAUAUGAUCAUUUUGAUGUAAAGGAUCUUCUUUGUUUCAAGAUUUAAUUUCCUGGAACAUAACUCUGUGGCUCUCUUAAGAGGACACACUAUUUACAAUCCAGCCUUUGAAAGCAUCUGAGGAGUGUGGAGGAGGACGAGGAGGAGGAGAAAGAGAAGGAGAAGAGGAGAGGAGGAGGGAAAGAUAGGAAGAGAGAGAGAAAGAUUGCUUAUUAUCCCUGAACAGUGACCUUUCUCAAGACAGUGCUUUGCUCUUCAGGUAUAAGACUGGAACUUUAAGCACACUACAUCCCAGAGAAAUGGCUUUGAUGGGUGUGGAUACCAGAUGCUUGGGUCUCUUUCUUCUUUGUACAAUAACUGGUCAUUCUUUGGAGAUAAAAGUUAAUCCUCCUCAAGAUUUUGAAAUAUUGGAUCCUGGAUUACUGGGUUAUCUCUAUUUGCAAUGGAAACCUCCCGUGGUUACUGAAAAAUUUAAGGGAUGCACACUAGAAUAUGAGUUAAAAUACCGAAAUGUUGAUGACGCCAGUUGGAAGACUAUAAUUACUAGGAAUCUAAUUUACAAGGAUGGGUUUGAUCUUAAUAAAGGCAUUGAAGGAAAGAUACGUACGCAUGUGUCCGAGCUUUGUACAAAUGGAUCAGAAGUUCAAAGUCCAUGGACUGAAGCUUCUUAUGGGAUAUCAGAUGAAGGAAGUCUGGCAACUAAAAUUCAGGACAUGAAGUGUAUAUAUUAUAACUGGCAGUAUUUGGUCUGCUCUUGGAAGCCUGGUAAGACAGUACAUUCUGAUACCAACUAUACUAUGUUUUUCUGGUAUGAGGGCUUGGAAAAUGCUUUACAGUGUGCUGAUUACCUCCAAGAUAAUGGAAAAAACAUUGGAUGCAAACUUUCCAACUUGGACUCAUCAGACUAUAAAGAUUUCUUUAUCUGUGUUAAUGGAUCUUCAAAGUUGGAACCUGUCAGAUCCAGCUAUAUGGUUUUUCAACUUCAAAAUAUAGUUUUCCUUGGCUUUCAGUCUGCCACAGAUAAAAACGAUAUGAAGUUGAAGAGGAGAGAGAAUGAAAGUGAAGAAGUAUGCUUUUUUGUAAGAUGUAAAGUCAAUAUAUAUUGUGCAGAUGAUGGGAUUUGGAGCGAAUGGAGUGAAGAGGAAUGCUGGGCAGGUUACACAGGGCAAGAGUCAAAGAUUAUUUUCAUAGUACCAGUUUGUCUUUUCUUUAUAUUCCUUUUAUUACUUCUUUGCCUUAUUGUGGAGAAGGAAGCACCUGAACCCACAUUGAGCCUCCAUGUGGAUCUGAACAAAGAAAUGUAUGCUUAUGAAGAGACCCUCUGUUAAACUACCCUUUUCCUGGCAAAGAGCCAGCAAGCAUGAUUCAUAUUAAACAAAAUUUCUCUUCAAAUUUCAAAUACAUUUUCUUGCAAAU